AUGGCACCAGUCAAGAAGCAGCAGCCCAAUGCAAACAAGCGCAAGGGCCAAAAGCGCAAGGGCGACCGCGAAUACCGCGACCGCGACCACGACCACGACCACGACCACGACCACGACCACGACCACGACCACGACCACGUCCACGUCCACGACCACGACCGCGACUGCGACCACAACCACAACCACGACCCCAACCCAAAGAACCCUCGCCGAUCCAAACGACAACGCAAGGUCCUCAAGGAACUCCGCGAGGAUGCACCACCCCUGGAAGAAGGACAGCGUCAGAGCAUGAGCGGCGAACUAGGCGAAGGCGAAGGCAUAUACGACAGUAGCUACUACCCUCGCGACGCACCUCCGAAUUUCUGGCCUCCCCGACAACCUCGCAGCCAACGUCAACGGGAAGCCAAGGAGGCCCAGGCGCCUCGGGCUGGCCAGUUCGCGUCUCAGCCGGUCGAGCUGAGCCCCGGUGUCGUCCUCCGAAUCGAGACGCCCAGCCCCCUGAUCAAGAUCGAGACUCCGGCCUGGCAGCCCGGCAGCAUGCAGAUCGAGCCGCCCCUGGGUUUCUUCCGCAGACAAGCUUUCGACAGCCCCAUGGUCCUGCGGGCGAGUGCGGCGAACCCGAGAGAUCACCGGGCCACUGCUGAGAAUUCGCCCCUACGAUUCGAGGUGAUACAGGAGGAGCACACCCGCGGUGUGUUUGAGGUCCACGAGCAGUCACCUCAGAGCCAACGCCUGCUUCUGGAGGGAAAUGCCUCGCAGAAGGACGUGCAAGACGGUCCUUUGUUGAGAAGCGUGGAGAAUGAAGAGAAUGAAAAGCCUGCGCAACUGACUGUGAAUCGAGUCAAUCAAGUCAAUCGAGUCAACCUCGUCGAGCCUGUCGGCCCCCUACGACUCGUCUACCCCGCGGGGCUCGUACGCUACAUCCUCGACAACACAUUCAAGUUCAUCGACGAGCAUCCUGCCGCGCGCGAUGCGUAUCAGGUCACCGCAUACAUCGACAUAGAGGGCAGCCCGUCCGCCGAGAUGUACUGCGGCACCUUCUCUCACCUUAAGCUGGCGAACGAGAAGGUGAUGCAGGUAUUCGGGCGCGACCAAUACCAGCUGAUGGGUGCCAGAUAUGGAAACAUGCGCUUUCGCGAGGCCGGAGAGCCGGCUGACGGGGAGGAGGAAGUCUGGACGGCCUUUGGCUUUGACCGUGUGUGUCCGACUUUGAGAUUCUGGGCUCGGGAGGGAGACCGCUGGGGCUUCAGGGUUGAGGCUGUUCAGGUCUGA